UCGUAAAAGCGUAGGGGUGCAGUUUGGUUGGAAAAGGAUUUGUUAUCCUUGUUAUCCUUGGGAAGGAAAGUGGGAUGGCGGUUGCUCCGGCCACAGUCCAGCGCUAUGCGGACAAAUUAAAAUGGGGGGCAAGCAGAAAAAGAAACAACGGCCCAAUAGCAGCAGCAGCUGGCGGAGCGCGUAAGCCUCCGCUGCCUCCUAUAUUCAUAUCGACAAACCCAUCUCACAUAAAACUACACGAACUCAGAGACCUCUACAGCUCCUCCAAUAUCUCAUGCCAUCGUUUCCCCAAUGUGGAUUCCGACGGCCGUGUUGAGCCCGUCGACAUCCACAAGCUCCGGAUUGCUCUCCGCCACAGUUCCGUUGUCGUCUCCGUCUUCUGCAGACCUUACGAUAACGAUGAUUGUGCCGCCAAAUCAUCCCCCAUGAUGGGGCUGGGAGAUAUACUUCGGCGGGCGAUCCCGAUGACGCCAUCCAAUGGCCAGUUGGUGGGCUUUGGCCGAGCCGUUUCUGAUCAAGGAUUGACGGCCUCAAUCUACGACAUUAUGGUUAUGCCUUCACUGCGGAGAAUGGGAAUUGGCAGAAUGAUAGUUAAGAGGAUCGUAAGAAUACUCACAAGUAGAGACAUUUUUGAUAUAGCGGCCCUCUGUGCAGAGAAUGAGAGGCUGUUCUUCCAAGCAUGUGGGUUUGGAGAUGACAUCCUGGGCUCCACCACAAUGAUGUAUACAAGGAUGGUUUCAAGCUACCCGGCAAGUGAUCAGAUGGUCAAAUGUGCUGGCCGUAGGGUGUUGCUAGCUCCGUCAUUGAGGCAGCCCUUUGCAAGUUAAAUACCAAAAUUGUCAGUUGUAGCUGCACCAUAUCUUGUUCAGUUGAAGCAUUUUUAUGCAAACAUGGGAUGCUUAUCAGCUAAGAAUGGGGUUUGGAUUUUGAUGUCCUAUGUAACAGAAAAAACCAGUACUAAAAUCAAACAAUGUUGUAGAAAGGAAGAAGGAAGCAAUAGAUGAACAGGGAAAGUUGAAUGGGAAGAGAAGGAAUAAAGAAGGAAGCAGAAAACUAGAUUGUACCAGAAUUGGAAUCUGUGAAUAUUUUAGAUGUUGUUGUACUGUAAACAUUUGUAUUAGUUGUUGAAGCCUAGAAUUUGCAUGCA